AUGGUUUCUUUUAGUAUAAACUUGUUAUUGUGCUCUGUUUUGUGUAUUUUAGUGAAUACCAGUAUACAACAAACGGUGCACAGACGUUUUGAAUACAAAUAUUCAUUCAAGCCUCCGUACUUAGCACAAAAAGAUGGAUCGGUUCCGUUCUGGGAGUAUGGUGGAAAUGCGAUAGCGUCGGGAGAAAGCGUAAGAUUAGCGCCGUCACUUCGUAGUCAAAAGGGGGCGAUAUGGAGCAAACAGCCCAUCAACUUCGACUGGUGGGAGGUGGACGUCAUGUUCAAGAUUACGGGUAGAGGAAGGAUAGGGGCUGACGGUCUGGCCUUCUGGUACACAAGCCAGCGUGGAGACUACACUGGUGACGUUUUCGGUUCGUCUGAUAGAUGGAACGGAUUGGGUCUCAUCUUCGACUCUUUCGAUAAUGAUAAUAAACACAACAACCCAUACAUUAUGGCGGUUAUCAAUGAUGGCACUAAGAACUUCGAUCAUAAGAGCGAUGGUUCCACUCAGCUACUGUCAGGGUGUCUUCGCGACUUCAGGAACAAACCGUUCCCGACUCGUGCGCGGAUAGAGUACUAUCUCAACACACUAACUGUGUACUUCCAUAAUGGUCUCACAAACAACGAAGCUGAUUAUGAGCUGUGCUUCCGCGCUGAGAAUGUUAUGCUACCGCGUGGUGGGUUCUUCGGUCUGUCGGCUGCCACGGGUGGAUUGGCCGAUGACCACGACGUCAUACACUUCUUGACCAGUUCCUUGUAUAGCGCACAGCAGCCAGGCAGUCAACAGAUCAGCAAUGACGAACAGCAGAAACUGUCCCAAGAGUACCAGGAGUACCAGAAGAAAUUGGAACAGCAAAAGGAAGAAUACAGGAAGGAACAUCCGGAUGAAAUGCGCGACAAAGAUGAAAUGGACGACUGGUUCGAAUCGGACGGACAGAGAGAGCUGAGGCAGAUAUUCCAAAGUCUUUCGCAUAUACAGGAUGUUACCAGGGAGUUGCACAAGAAAGUGGACGAGGUUAUUGGAAAGCAGAUGAAUUCUCUUUCAAUGUUGUCAGCCGUUUACAGUCAAUCGCAAGGUCAGCCAAUACAAACCCAGCCAGGACAACCGAUACAGGCACCUCAAUUCCCUAUAACCCGACACGACUGGGAAGUGUUCACGUCCAACAAUCAGCUCUUGAUACAGACCAUCUCUGAAGUAAAAUCGUUCGUAAUAGAAGCGAACCGCAAAUCAGACGCGCUCCUAGCGGGCGGCGCAGGCGCAGCUGCGGGCGCGGCAGGCGGAGCGGCAAUUAACCCGCAGUUCUUGAACGAGCUGAGAGACAGCGUGAAUCAAGUUAAGAGCAAUCUAGCUGGUGUGUCACAAAGAUUAUCGUCGCCCGCGCAACCCAUGCAAGGUGGAUGUCCGAGCGUGUCCUGUGUCUCAACGGGAAUGUUAUUACUCGUUCUCAGCGGACAACUGCUUGUAUUGUUCCUCUAUCAGUUGUACAAGGAGAGAAAGGAAGCUCAAGCCAAGAAGUUCUUCUAA